AGGAACUGCAGCUGGUCCCAAACAAAACCGGAGGAGAGAUUUGCCCAGGAACCGGAGACAAGGAGAUGUGUCUGAGUGGAUUAAAAAACCUGACAGUCAUCGUGAUGUUCAUUCUGAUCCCCAAGCCCGAGAUUCCUCAUGCAGCUGGGACUUUUGAGCUUCAAAUUAUAUUGAUGCAGAAUCACAAUGGCGAGCUUCACAGUGGCAUCUGUUGUGAUGGUGAGCGGGAAACUCCCCAUUCCCGCUGCACACAAGAUGAAUGUGACACACGUUUUCAUGUCUGCCUCAAGCAUUACCAAGUCUGGGUGCUUCCUGGGGGACCUUGCAUCCUGGGAACAGGUUCCAGCUCCAUUUUAGGUGGCAAUUCAUUUUCUUUCAAAAGCAAAAACAGUGAUGAAAAUGCCGGCAGCAUCAGAGUCCCCUUUCGUUUUGCGUGGCCGAGAUCCUACUCCCUGAUACUGGAAGCAUGGGAUUAUGAUAAUAAUUCAGCCAAUGAUGCAGGAACCCAGCAGUUGAUUGAGAGGGUCAUUCAUUCAGGAAUGAUUAAUCCAGGGGAGCAAUGGCAACACCAACGGCACCAGGGUCGAAUCGCACGUAUUGACUACAAUGUCCGUGUACUGUGUGAUGAAAAUUACUAUGGUUUGGGCUGCAACAAGCUAUGCCGGCCACGCAAUGACUUCUUUGGCCACUAUAUGUGUGAUUCAGUUGGAAACAAAGUCUGUGUGGAGGGGUGGAUUGGACCACAAUGUGCUCAAGCGGUAUGUAAACAAGGUUGUCACGAGACCCGUGGCUACUGUGAAGUACCUGAAGAAUGCAAGUGUCACUAUGGUUGGCAAGGGGUCCUUUGCAGCAUGUGCAUUCCAUUCCCAGGCUGCAUUCAUGGAACAUGCUCUGAACCCUGGCAGUGUGACUGUGAGACUAACUGGGGUGGCAUCCUCUGUGACAAAGACUUGAAUUACUGUGGGACACAUCAGCCCUGCCAAAAUGGAGGCACAUGUGAGAAUGCAGAGCCCAAUGAGUACCAGUGCAUCUGUUCAGAGGGCUUUGGUGGACAGAACUGUGAUGUUCGUACCUCAGACUGUUCCACAAGUUGUCAAAAUGGUGGUAUCUGUCAGAAAUAUCAAUGCAACUGCCCAGGAGGCUACACAGGAAAUUACUGUGAGACCAGAGCUGAAAGAUGCUCCAGCUCUCCCUGUCUGAAUGGAGCACACUGUGUACACACCGUCAAUGGCUUUUAUUGCCAGUGUCUUCCAGGAUUCUCAGGAAGACACUGUGAGGUCAUUGCAGGACAAUGUCACAUCAAUCUCUGUCAGCAUGGAGCCACGUGUUACAGUAUGCAGCAUGGUUACUUUUGUUCCUGUCCUGAUGGAUACGAAGGCAAGAAUUGUUCUCACAUUACAGACACCUGCCAGAGUGGCACAUGCCAAGGAAGGACCUUUCACCUCCUCUUUGUGCUGAUGGCUGUCAUGGUAUUCGUCAUUGUAUCUGUUUGCAUCUAUCUCUUCAUGAAGCAGUGGAAGAGAAAAGAAAGCGAGCAAAUACCCUCAAAUGAACAUGUUAACAAUCAGCGAGUGUCUCUCAACCUUAUCCAAAAUCUUCCCAGGUCCUGCAGCAUCGAAAGAAAUCCAGAAUAUGGGUACAAAACCCUCUGUGCUGCAAAAAGAUCAGUUUGCAUCACAGAGCAACUUACAACAGAUCAGAAAUUGGAGUUUAUCAUUCUAGAUAUAAGGAAGGAUAUUGAAACCGUGUCAGGAAAUGGAAGCAACCUUAAACGACUGAACUGAGGAGGAACUGAUCGAAUGAACAAAGCAGAAGAGAGGUGCAGUCGUUUGGAUGAAGCAGAGUCCAAAGGGAUUGCAUCAUGAAAGAUUUGAAAGCAUAAACCCUGAACUGCUGGUACCAUGACAUCUUAACACAGGUCUCUUCAGAGGGGACAGUGGGACUUGCUAGAGAUUAACAUGUUGAAUUAAAAUGCUUCACUUUGACAUGGCUUCCAUCUGAUCAAUAACCAAUUCUAAAAGGGGAUUUCCUUUGAAAAGGAAAUGAUCUGCAGUGAACCUGAGUUGAUUACAACUUGUAACUUUGGAUCUAUGUUUAGUUAUCCUUCUUUCCCCACAGUCAGUCGAAUCUGAGUGUCAUUUUACUUAAUAUGAAUAAUUCUUUCAUCGAUUUCUAAUGAAUCAAAGUGAAGAAAUUGAGAUCUGCCUUUCUGAGC